CUGCAACUAAAGGCUCUUCCUUUACAGUCAGCCCGAGUGGAAACUGCGAAGUCACAUGAUUUUUCUGAAGACGCGGAGAAGGCUAAAUCAGUUGAUGCUCUCUUCGCAUGGGCUCCUGCUACUGGCGAAUGCUACGUAACUUGCUUUCAUCCUCAUCCUGACCUAACCCUCGCUCUCAUGGAUAUCGAGGAGAUUGCCAAGGUCAUAGGGGAAUGGAGCCGCCUAACUUCCCAGUGUGCUGAACGCGGUUUUCAGUGGAUUCAGAUUUUCGAAAACCGAGGAGAAAUUGUGGGAUGUUCCAAUCCCCAUCCACAUUGUCAGGUCUGGGCUAGCGAUUUUAUACCAACUCGAGCCUUGAGGAGUGAUCUUGGCCAACAUGACUACUUCCGUCAACAAAAAAGACCACUCCUCCUCGAUUACGUUGCUCGUGAAGUCGCCGCUAAAGAGCGUAUCGUCGUUUCCAAUUCCGAUUGGGUUGUUCUAGUUCCGUGGUGGGCUUCUUGGCCUUUCGAGAGUAUGAUUCUUCCUCGAAAGCGCCAUGUUGGCCGUUUGGAUGAACUUUCACCGGAAGAAUGCUCUACCCUAGCCGAUGCCAUGUCAAAAAUUCUCGUUGCUUACGAUAAUCUUUUCGAGACCAGUUUUCCGUACUCAUUUGGCUGGUAUCAGACUCCACUACAGAGACAUGAGAAAGCGGUUUACUGGCAGCUGCAUGGAAUAUAUUUACCACCUUUGUUACGUUCUGCUACUGUCAAGAAGCAUAUGGUGGGAUAUGAGCUUCUAGCUGAGCUUCAAAGAGACUUAACUCAAGAGAAGGCGGCUGAUUUACUUCGUCAGGCAGCUGCAAAAAAGCACUACUUAAAACGGGCUUGUUAA